AUGGAAACCAUUCUCUCUCCUCACUCUUUCUGUCCUCUCUUCAAUCCCAAAACUUCAUCUUCAAGGGCCCUUCUCUCUCCUUCCCUCCAACCCAGAUCAAAUUCACUUCCUCUGACCAAACCCAUUUGUUCUACCCAAAAUCAGAAACAAUUUUUUUCAACACCCACUAGUUGGGUUUCUCAUGUCCACCAUGGAUUAGCAGCUCUAGCCAUCUCUCUGGCACUUAACUUUUGCCCAUUAUUGCCUAGUGGUUCUGCACUAGCAUCUGAAUUCGAUGUACUAAACGGUGGUCCACCUCAAGAAUCGUAUGUGGUUGAUGAUGCGGGUGUGCUCAGUAGAGUGACAAAGUCUGAUUUGAAGCGGUUGUUAAGAGAUUUGGAGUCAAGAAAGAACUUCCACAUAGAUUUCAUCACUGUUCGCAAGCUUACUAGCAAAGCAGAUGCUUUUGAGUAUGCCGAUCAAGUUUUGGAGCGAUGGUAUCCCACAGUUGAAGAAGGCAGCAAUAAGGGCAUAGUUGUGCUUGUUACCAGUCAAAAAGAAGGGGCAGUCACAGGUGGACCCGCAUUUGUCAAGGCUGUUGGUGAUAGUAUUCUUGAUGCCACCGUAUCAGAAAACCUUCCUGUCUUGGCUACAGAGGAAAAGUACAAUGAAGCAGUUUUUAGCAGUGCUAAAAGGCUAGUUGCUGCCAUUGAUGAGCUUCCUGAUCCUGGUGGGCCUCUGUUAAAGGACAACAAACGGGAAUCCAACUUCAAAACCAGGGAGGAGACGGAAGAGAAACGAGGACAGUUUACCCUUGUGGUUGGAGGUCUUUUAGUGAUAGCUUUCGUUGUUCCUAUGGCGCAAUACUAUGCGUAUGUCUCUAGGAAGUGA